AGGUGAGGCUCUCUUCAUUUUUCUGCUUUGUGAAGUAAAUUGCUACAGCACCAUCCAUUCACUUGUCUUAGAUUUUAGUAUAUGUACUAAUUAUUUUUUACAUUUAUUUAUUUCUAGCGUAGUGUAGUGUGCCUUUACAUGUAAAAUAAGCACACAGAAGCUGUGUCUUUAAGGGGUUAGUAAAACGUCCAAGCUAUUAAACCAAAGGAACACAUCUAAGCUCAUUUAGAUAUAUACAUGUGUACAACAAACACACAGCACAUGGUAUUUCUAUCUAGUAAUUCCAUGACAUGAAUGGGUUAAGCUCUGCCAAAAUGUGUAAAUGAAUGCUGAGUGAGUUGAAGAGAUUAAAAAGAAAAAUCUUCUUUAUACAAGAAACUCAUUUAUCCCACAGGGAAAAAUGAAGAUGACUGAUAUAAACCAUAACCUUUCCUAUUUCUUUUGGGGCUGAAAUAAACAUAAUAGAAAGGUGAUUUCAUGUGAUAAAUAAACAUAGUUUCUUAUAAACAAUCAGAAAAACAAAAAUAAAGACAGUUAAAAUAGUCUCCUACAAAGUUCAGUAUAUAGCACUGCUAAUAUUUAUGGCAUCAUUUUUAACAACAGCUACUGUUAAAAAUGUUAUAGUACUGGAAGCUUAUGUUAUAGUACUGGAAGCUUAUGAAUUAUUCACUAAGGGCACGAUUAUAGGAGUUGACCUCAUUGUAAAAUCUCACCUGAAUAUAUAUUAUUCUAGAAAGGAAACCUCCACAGAGAAAAUCAACCAGUCUGAAAAUAAAACUGUCUAUAUUCACACUGUGUAUGCCACAUAUGACAUAUAUCAUAUAUUCAGGAUAGAGUUUACACAUUUAACUGAUCGGUACAUGAUUUACAGAGUACUCAUGAAUAGAUAUAAUUUAAUUCCAUGUGACUAGUUAUAUAAAUGCUUAUCAGGAGGGAUUAAAUCAAUAAUCACAUCUAAUCAUGUUUGAAGUGCUAAUAGUAAAGGUGAUGAAAACAAAAUAUAUCUGCUGUGGAAUGUAAAUGAAUAUAUUGAUUUAUUAUACUUUACACAAAUAAUAAAAAAAAGGCUGGAGAUAAAUUAAUAAUGCAUGGAACCUGACAUAUGGUCUAUAUGUUAUAUUUGUACUUCAUAUAAAACCCAUGACACCAAUACUCUUAUAUGGGAUAUUAAAGGAACUCUUUAACGUGAAAAAUAAAUAUACUUGUUUUUAACUUUAGAGGGUUUAUACAGUGUGGGCCAAAAUUCAGAGUAAGAUUUGACAGGUAAAUAGCUUAUUUGUUAGUAGUUAAAAAAAAAAAAAACAUUUUUGUUGCAAGGUACUUAUUAUAACCAAGUCUUUGGGAAUUCAUCAUGGGUUGUUUCGUAAGGAACAGCGAGUAAAAAUAUUGGAACUUUAUUUUCAAAAUGGAAGGUCCAUUAUUUUGAUGCAAAAAGCUUACCGCUGCCACGUGAAUGUAAGAAAUUGACCUUUCAGCUCCCAAUUACUUCCUGUGGGGAUAUCUGAAGAAAUGGGUGUAUGUGAACAACUACAAUAAAAUAAGUGUAUAUAUGGUGAAAAAAACAAUAUAAGACAAAGUGCUACAAUCACCAGCAAUGUGGGUCACUCCACCUCACAUAAAUAAAUGGUUAAAACAGUAAAGAAUGGUGAGAGCACAGAGAAACAAUAAUUACCCUUAUAUCCAAUAUAAAACCUGUAAAAACACAAUGGGAAAAACAGGCAUAGGGUAAUAAUGUACAAAUAAUAUAUGUAUGAGUAAAUACUUGAAUAAACUCACAUAUUCAUGAGCCACUUAAUAUGGAAGCUGGCUCAGACUAGGAACAUAACUGGGAAAUAAAGAUCGAAAUAGAAAAAUCUUCUUAUUCACAUUUAAAGGUAUAUCGGGAGAAUAAGAAGAUUUUUCUAUUUCGAUCUUUUAUUUCCCUUUUAAAUUUAUUCCCUCUUCUUUUGCCUCUCUUUUACCUUUUUUAAUCCUUUUUUUGAGAAAGAGAGAGUUUAACUGUUGCUAAUAUUCUACGUAUUGGAAUAAGAAUGUCUGACUAUAAUAUUUGUUUCAAUGUUAUUGACAAUAUGUAUGAAGUAUGUUGCUAAUAGGACUCUGAUUAUUGCAACAUGAAAGACUGUGUAAGUGAAUGGACUAGUUCGCUGUUCCUUUUCUUCUAUGAACAUGGAAGUAAAUUGAGAUCGUUAAGGACGCUAGGAUGCCCAAUAAAGUUGCUUAAAAAAAAGGGGGGGGAGGAGCUUAUUUCUGAAGAAAGGCGUGAAAAUUUUCCUAUUUAAAAAUGGAACAGACUGAAUGGACUCACACUUUGAUAAAGGCUUUGGCUGAAACGCGUUAGUGUGCAGAGGUGGAAUUGCUGAAUUUUAACUUUUACUGCUGCUGUCUUUUUUUGCUGCUAUACCGAAUAAAGGUUUUCAUUAAAGAUCCUGCAUCCUGGAUUUUGUAAAGCAAGAAGGAGCAAGCAAUUAAGCAGUUGGAUUACAACGACCACCUCACUAAUCCAUUCAAUGUUCCUAGUCUGAGCCAGCUUCCAUAUUAAGUGGCUCAUGAAUAUGUGAGUUUAUUCAAGUAUUUACUCAUACAUAUAUUAUUUGUACGUUAUUACCCUAUGCUUGUUUUUCCCAUUGUAUGUGAACAACUGCGUACACUUGAGCAGCUCAAGGAAAAUAUCUGUGCAAAACUUUGAGUGCUAGAGCCGCAAACAUUAACUAAUGUUAUGAAUAACACAAUCAAAAGAGCCCAAGUUUACGAGGCAGCAAAUGGAGGUCACUGAAAACAUUUCAUCUUCCCAAGUCAAACAAAUCUCCAUGCAUUAUGCAUUCAUUGUAUGUAAUAUCAUUGAAAUUAGUUAAUUGAUAAAAACGUUAUUGACUCCUCAUACUGUUUCACAUCAACUUGAUCUCCCUACUAUGCAAUAAUCAGUUAUAGUGAUCUUUGUGAGCCUGAUACUUCUCAUAGAAAAGCACUUACCUGUAAGAAGCUUUAGCAUACCAUGCAAUAGCUUUGUUGCCUGGAGCAUUCCUAAUGUCUUAGCCUAGAAAGUACUAAUAUCAAAUAAAAGGCAUUUAGUAGACAUGGGCAAUUUGUUUCGGUCCGAAUAUGAAUUCGGAUGAAUUUCGGGCAAUUCAGACAUUCAGGUACUUCUGAAUGUCCAAAUUGCCGAAGUGUCAAAGUGCCGAAGUUCCGAAGCACAGUAUUGCCUAAGUACUAAUAUACUUACCCAGUGAAAGAAGAAGAAUGUUACAUUAUAUACAAUUUUAAAUAAAAAGUAUACAAACAUAGUCAGGAUUCAGCUGUAAGCAUUUGCAACACUUACAACAAUCAAGUAACAUACAUUCAUAUAAAAUGUAAGUUACUUAGCCAGUCAAUGCAAUGACAGGAAUGAAUAAGUAGAUAACUCCCUAAUUCCCACGGUAUUAGGGAGCUAUCUACUAAAAGGUCCUCCCCCCUGGUACCCAUAAGGGGGGUCCUAAUGUCCUCCCCGCUACCCCCCACCCCUGAGUGGUGGGUGGGGGCCCAAAUACUAAUAAGGGGGGGACCUAAUGUCCGCCCCCUGGCCCCCACCCCUGAGUGGUGGGUGGGGCUCUAAAUUGGAAUAAAGGGGCACCUAAUGUCCUCCCCCCUGGCCCCCAACCCUGAGCGGUGGGUGUGGGCCCUACAGUAAAAUAAGGAGGGGGGACCUAAUGUCCUCCCUUCUGGCCCCCACCCCUGAGCGGCGGGUGGGGGCCCUAAAUUGGAAUAAGGUGAGGGGACCUAAUGUCCUCCCCCUGGCCCCCACCACUGAGCGGCGGGUGGGGGCCCUAAAUUGGAAUAAAGGGGCACCUAAUGUCCUCCCCCCUGGCCCCCAACCCUGAGUGGUGGGUGGGGGCCCUACAGUAAAAUAAGGAGGGGGGACCUAAUGUCCUCCCUUCUGGCCCCCACCCCUGAGCGGCGGGUGGGGGCCCUAAAUUGGAAUAAAGGGGCACCUAAUGUCCUCCCCCCUGGCCCCCAUUCCUGAGCGGUGGGUGGGGGCCCUAAAUACUAAUAAGGGGGGACCUAAUGUCCUCCCCCCGGCCCCCACCCCUGAGGGGUGGGUGGGGGCCCUAAAUAAAAAUGUUACCCCCCACGUGACUAGGGGUCCCCAAACCCCUAGUCACCCCCUCCCUCCUAAAAAAAAUAACCCCCUACCUACCCCCUAAAAAUAAUGACCUUUAACUAAGUACCUGUAAAAAAAAGAAAACUUACCAUUCAAUGUUUUCUUUCUUCUAAAAUCUUCUUUUUCAGCCCCAAAAAAGGCCAAAUAAAAAUCCAUAAUUACUGACGCAAUUAAAAAAAAAAAAAACGAGCGCAAAAAAAAUAAAUCUUCAUCCGGCGAGGGCUCCACACAGACUGAGCUCUGCAGGGCUGGUGAAGGCUUAUAAAGCCUUGCCUCGCCCUGCAAUUAGGCUCAGAGCACUCUGAUUGGUGGGUUUAAGCCAUCCAAUCAGAGUGCUCUGACAGGUAAAUGAAGAGAAUGACAGGUAAGUCUCUACAUUUACCUGUCACAGCACUCUGAUUGGUUGGCUUGAAAUCCACCUAUCAGAGUGCUCUGUGUCAUUUUACACAGCGUGUAAUUUGACUCAUAACUCUCUGAUUGGUGGAUUUUUUUGGGGGGAGGGGGUGACUAGGGACCCCUAGUCACCGGGGGGUAACAUUUUUUACAGCCCCCACCCACCGCUCAGGGGUGGGGGCUGGGGGGAGGACAAUAGGUCCCCCCUACAGGUAUUUAGGGCCCCCACCCACCGCUCAGGGGUGGGGGCAAGGGGGGAGGACCUUAGGUCCCCCCACCUUAUUCCAAUUUAGGGCCCCCACCCGCCGCUCAAGGGUGGGCCCAGGGGGAGGACAUUAGGUCCCCCUUAUUAGUAUUUAGGGCCCCCACCCACCGCUCAGGGUUGGGGGCCAGGGGGGAGGACAUUAGGUCCCCCCAUAUUUUACUGUAGGGCCCCCACCCACCGCUCAGGGUUGGGGGCCAGGGGGGAGGACAUUAGGUGCCCCUUUAUUCCAAUUUAGAGCCCCACCCACCACUCAGGGGUGGGGGCCAGGGGGCGGACAUUAGGUCCCCCCCUUAUUAGUAUUUGGGCCCCCACCCACCACUCAGGGGUGGGGGGUAGCGGGGAGGACAUUAGGACCCCCCUUAUUUUACUGUAGGGCCCCCACCCACCUCUCAGGGGUGGGGGCCAGGGGGAGGACAUUAUGUCCCCCCUUAUUAGUAUUUAGGGCCCCCAUCCACUGCUGAGGGGUGGGGGCCCGGGGGAGGACAUUAUGUCCCCCCUUAUUAGUAUUUAGGGCCCCCACCCACUGCUCAGGGGUGGGGGCUAGGGGUGGACAUUAGGGUUUGGGCUCUACUUUACUGUAGGGCCCCCACCCACCGCUCAGGGGUAGGGGCCAGUGGGAGGACAUUAGGUCCCCUCUUAUUAGUGUUUAGUAUUAGUAUUUAGGCCCCCCACCCGCCGCCUGCGACGUAAUUUUUACUUAGUAUUAGUAAAUUUGGCUGAAAGACCGUGGGAAUUAGGGAGUUAUCUACUAAGUGGCUGCAAGAGAAGUCCCGAAGUGGCAAAGUCCCGAAAUUCCGAAAUGCCGAUGUUCCGAAAUUUCAAAAUGCCGAAGUUCUGAAAUUCCGAAGUUCCGAAGUGUCGAAGUGCCAAAGUUGCCGAAUUUCCGAAGUGUUGAAGUGCCGAAGUUCCGAAAUUGCCGACGUUCCGAAGUGUUGAAGUGCCGAAUUGAGAAAGUCACGAAUUUCGGAAUGCCGAACCGAACCGAAAAUUUUCCCCAUGCACAUGCCUAGCAUUUAGACAAUAGGAUUGUCCAACGAAUAGGCCUUAUCUAUAGCACCUCUAAAUCCUUACUGUGCACACACCCCAAUCUCAUUUGGUGUACCUUUCAGCUCUUAAUUACAUUCAGGUAAUUUUAUAUAAUAUAAGUCAAAUAAAUUGAAACUUUAAAAAAAUCUAAAAUCUUUUAAGAGAUCUAUGGCAUUAUACUUCAGCACAGAAUGCACAUGUCAUGGUUGAAUAUAUUUAUUACCUGUGAUAUGUUAAGUUUAUAUAUGUGUGUGUAUAUAUAUAUAGUUUGUAUAUUGUAUUUUUGUAAUAUUGUACCCUAUUGUAACAAUGCAAUGUUUUGUGGACACAGGUAAUUCUUGAAAUUGAGAGAAAUCUCAAUGUAUCCUUCCUGGUAAAAUGUUUUAUAAAUAAAUAAAUUUAGCUAGUAGAGCAUAGCCUACAGUUCUACAAACCAGUUAAAUGAAAAUCAUAAAAACUAAAAUAAUAUAAAACAUGGGCGCAUAUAAAAAUACAGUCAUAAUGGAAAAAAGUAUUUUGAGCUUACAUUGACUGUGGGUUAUAUGCCCCUUCAUUUUCUAGACAUUAGCCUGUGCCAAGAUUGACUGAUUUUAAUAGCCUAUCACUGGCAGUCCAUUCCGAGUAAAAGUAGGUAGAUGAAAAAAAAUGCUAAACUUUGGAGUAUGGGUAUGGUAUAGUGCCUUACUAAAGAGAUUUAAAAGUAUAUAGGUGCCUCUUAAAUAAGUGAGGUGUACCUCCUUUGGGGAGGAAUGUGUCCAAUAAGGUGCUUAAAAUCAAAAAUAAAUCAUAGCCGCUCAAUAACACUUAUAUGGAAAUACCCUCUUAUCCACACCUGAAAAAGUCCAAAUCUAUACGGCAGUAUAAGUGCAAACCUCACACCUAUAAGUGGAGCGCUGAAAAGAUAGCGGGGUACACUUACCCCAUAUAACUUGAUAGCAAGCUUGGUAUGUAAUACAUGUGAAAAAAGGGUAAGUGCCAUCUCCAUAAAUAUUGGCACGUAGCUACAACUCCUCAUAGCCAGGAUACAGGGCUCUGAAAAAGGUGAGCACUUUACUUAUUCUCACCACUGCACCAUUUGAGAAAGACUGCACAUUUGUUCCCUUCUCUCUAUGUUUUAUCUUUGAGAUACAUCAUAUCGUGGACUGAAGGUGUGAUGCUGCCUUAAAAGCAUACAAGCCUGAUUACGGAGCCAGUGUUCACAUACAGGCUCCUUUAACCCUGUAAGGACACAUGACUUGUGUGACAUGUCAUGACUCUCUUUUAUUCCAGAAGUUUGGUCCUUAAGGGGUUAAAUGUGAGUGUUCCACUUCACCGCCAUUUUAUCUGAUUUAAUCUUUACAUACCAUCUGCACAAUAUUGCCUUUUCUAUUUUUUUCUUCAUGUAUUACAUACCAAGCUUGCUAUCAAGUUAUAUAGGGUAAGUGUACCCCGCUAUCUUUUCAGCGCUCCACUUAUAGGUGUAGGUUUUGCACUUAUACCACUGUAUAGAUUUAGCUGCCUAAUAAAUGUUUAUAUAAAGUUUAUUUAUUUAAGCUUUGAGCUAAAUGUAAUCAUCAGAAUCUAUCUUUGAAAUGUGGAUAGUGCAUCCUUACUAAACAGAUGUUUGAACUAUGUAUUCAUGAAUUUGUGUCUAUAAAAUUGUGACCUGCUAAGCUUAUCUUUGAACUAUGAUAGAAGAUCACAACAAAGAUUUGAUAAAACACACGGAGUACCAUACCUACAAACAACAAACAAACUGAUUAAGCUAGGUACAGAGGCAUCUAAGGGUCAAAAACAUAUACCACAAAGCUGAAAUCACUUAAUGGCAGAAAUAACUCUGUAUUUAAGAACACUGCUGUAAGCCGAGAGCUAAUAAAUCAUCUAAAUAAAGCACAUACAAAAAACAACAAAUAAUACAAUGGAAAAAUUAUUUACAAAAUAAAUAAACAUAAAUAUAAAGUACCACAAAUGGUCUAAACUGCAGUGCUGCUAGCAGAGGUAAUUAUAUGGGCACUGCGAUGGGCGCAAAUAUGGCACCAUCAUAUGCCAACCUGGACUUUGAUGGACUUUGAAGGCAACUUCCUAUACACCCAUGAGACAUUCCUUACUCACGUGUGCACCUGGUUUCACUACAUAGAUGACUGCUUCAUGGUCUGGAGAGGCACCAAGGGAGACCUGGAUGUCUUUUUAGACUAUUUGAACCAUUGUCACCCUGAUAUUAAAUUUACUUGUAAUAUUGAGACAAAAGAGGUCAGCUUCCUGAUUUGUUUUCCAAACCCAUGGAUGCAAAUAGCCUGUUGAAUGCCCACAUUUUUUCAUCCUGCUAACCAAAUCCGUUUCAUUCCAUACAUCCAAUUCCACAGGGUAAGGCGUAUCGUGAGCGAUAAGACAUUGGUUGAUACUCGUCUAUCUCAAAUGUCCCAGAGAUUUGUGGAGAAGGGUUAUGAUUGUCGUACAGUACUAGCUGCUAGACACAAAGCACACUCUAUGAAACAAAAGGAUUUACCUUCCAUUACAAACAGACGCAAAACUGACAGAAUAGCUUUCGUAAGUACCCAUUCUACUUUUUCUCCUCAAAUACCUGACAUUAUACACAAAAACUGGCACAUUCUACAAUUGGACAGACAGGUAGGGCAUCUAUUUAAAGAACCACCACUUUUUGCCUACAAGAGACGCCGCACCAUAAGGUACUUACCCCUGUCUUUGCUGUAAUUAUUGCAGCGGAAUCAUAAAGGGUGAAUUCUGUACAGGGCAGCAGAUUAAACUGAAAGGUUUCUUUACUUGUCAAACUGACUUUGUGGUCUAUCUCCUUAAGUGUCCGUGCGGGUUGGGCUAUGUGGGAAAAACCAUUUGUGAUUUUAAAGAACGUGUCUCUCAACACAAAACCUCAAUUCGUAAUGCAAAUGCAGACACUCCAGUCACAUAUCACUUUCGGGAGAUGAGACACAAUGUAUCACAGCUCUGGUACCAGAUUCUUGAGAGGGUUGAACUACCCCCUAGGGGUGGUGAUAGAGAAAGGAGAUUAUUGCAGAGGGAAGUUUGCUAGAUGAACACAGUGUCCCCUCAUGGUCUUAAAGAAACUUGAUUGGCACUGGUUCCUUUAGAUUUUCCAUAUGGAAG